AUGCUAACAUCCAAGCUUGAGGUUCUGGUGGAAUUUGGAUCAAAGGUGGAUGGGCCGCUAUUAGAUAAAACUUUGAAUGAGUUAAAGUCACAGGAUGGUGUUAAAGAGGCAGUGUUCAAAGAUGGAGCUAUCGUGGUGGAGACAACACUGCCCAGUACAGUUGUACUAGAUAUGGUCUCACGGGCGUCGGGGAAAAGGGCAGUAUUGCAAGGAUUUGGAGAAACACAGUCGGCAGUUUCGAUGAUAUCCAGCCAAUCAUGCUGCAGAAAUAGUGUUAUGGGAGUGAUCAGGUUCCAGCAGACUGCUGAGGGUCCGCUAGUGGCUGAUGGAUGCAUUGACGGUCUCUCUACUGGUCUCCAUGGGUUGCAUGUGCAUGAAGUUGGAGAUUUGAGUCAGGGUUGCGAUUCCAUCGGGGCUCACUAUAACCCUUCGAAUACGGUCCACGGGGGUCCGAAUGAUCCCCCGGAUAAACGACAUGCGGGCGAUCUUGGGAAUAUUGUAGCCGACGAAACCGGAAGGGCCACUUUCAGGAUAGUUGAUAAUGUUUUAAAGGUGUGGGAUAUAAUCGGCAGAUCGGUGGCGGUGACCGAGAAGCGGGAUGAUCUGGGCAAAGGUCCAAACCCUGAGUCAAAAGUUGACGGCGACAGUGGGACCUCAGUGGCUUGCGGUAUCAUAGCGCGAUCUGCUGGCGUCUUCCAAAAUCCUAAACGUAUUUGUGCAUGCGACGGUGUCGUGGUGUGGGACGAGAAAGAUCGCCCUCUAGCGGGGAAAGGCAGACGAGAGGGGAAGAGAUGCUGCGAGAAAGAGAAAUAG